UGUGUGUGUGUUUGUGUUUGUUUCCCCCCUCAGGAAUAUCCGGGUCUUUGUAAUGGCGUCGCUCUCCAUUCGGAAGCCAUUUUGGAUGCGCCUGAGCUUCACCAGUAUGAGCUCUACAGCACCGCUGUGUGUUUGGGGAAAACUUGUGGGAUAAAACCAAAAAAAAGGAACAUAUUUCCGGUCGGUUUGUAGCGGAAAAUACGCCGGUGUUAAACUGUUCCGUCGUGUCGAUAUGAAAUCUUGGACGUCCGUGAAGUCGCUUUGUGCUUCUUGUGCCGCUUCUCCACACGGAGCGACGCUUUUAUUUACUAAAUCAGGCCGAUAGUCAGAGGCCAUGGACCGCUUGUUUGCCUUCAUGUGUCGCCGGUCGUUUGUUUUUAAAUCGUAAAUGCUUUCCAAAAGAAAGAAAAAGAAAUCCUAACAGACACUUCUUUUUCGGUCUCCCUCCAUCUCACUGAGGGAACAUGUUGGCUCGCUGGGUGACAUUAGCACUUAUUCGGGGAAGUUUGUUCGCAGGUCCCGGGCAAGGCGAGGUCGGCACCAGAGAGUGCGUGUAUUAUAAUGACAACUGGCGAGCUGAGAAGACUAAUCAGAGUGGCUACGAGAGAUGUGAGGGAGAAAAGGACAAGCGAAAGCACUGCUACGCAUCCUGGAUUAAUUCCUCAGGAACCAUACACCUGGUGAAAAAGGGCUGCUGGCUCGAUGACUUCAACUGCUAUGACAGACAGGAGUGUGUGGCCACAGAGGAAAGCCCUCAGGUGUUUUUCUGCUGCUGUGAGGGUAAUUACUGCAAUGAAAGAUUCAUACACCUGCCUGAAGUCACCACUCCUGCAGUUAAGAUCCAGCCUCCUCCCGUGGGUCUAUCCAUACUUGGUGUGUUGGCAUACUCUCUAAUUCCUCUGCUUGUGCUGUCUCUGGCUUUGGUACUCGCAUGCUGGACUUACCACCAGCGCAAAGCUCCAUAUGGCCAUGUGGAUAUUAACCAGGGUGUGGGUCCCGCUCCUCCAUCUCCUCUGGUGGGACUGAAACCACUGCAGCUUCUGGAGUUGAAAGCGAGGGGGCGCUUUGGGUGUGUGUGGAAGGCUCAGCUACAAACCGAGUAUGUUGCCGUCAAAAUCUUCCCUGUUCAGGAUAAGCAAUCAUGGCAGAAUGAGAGAGAAAUUUACCUCACUGAGGGACUGAGGCAUGAGAACCUGCUACGCUACAUCUCUGCUGAGAAACGAGGAACCAACCUGCAAAUGGAGCUCUGGCUCGUCACUGAAUUUCAUGAAAGGGGAUCUUUAACAGACUACCUCAAGGGGAAUGUGGUGAACUGGACUGAGUUGUGCCACAUUGCAGAGAGCAUGGCCCGAGGCCUGGCCUUCCUACAUGAGGAUCUGUCCUACAGACUGGAAGGGCCAAAACCAGCAAUUGCACACAGGGACUUUAAGAGUAAGAAUGUGCUGCUCAGGACUGAUUUGACUGCUGUAAUUGGAGACUUUGGUCUGGCUGUGCGUUUCGAACCGGGGAAGCCACCAGGAGAUACUCACGGCCAGGUUGGUACGAGGCGCUACAUGGCCCCGGAGGUGCUGGAGGGUGCCAUCAAUUUUCACAGGGAUGCAUUUUUGAGGAUUGAUAUGUACUCUCUGGGCCUGGUGAUCUGGGAGCUGUUGUCUCGCUGCACUGCUGCUGAUGGGUCUGUACAUGAGUACAUGCUCCCGUUUGAAGAGGAGCUGGGUCACCACCCAUCUCUGGAGGAUCUGCAGGAUGUGGUUGUCCACAAGAAGAUGAGGCCCAUACUGAAGGACUGCUGGCUCAAACAUCCGGGGUUGGCUCAGUUGUGUGAGACAGUGGAAGAGUGCUGGGACCACGACGCAGAGGCCCGUCUGUCCGCAGGCUGUGUGGAAGAACGCAUCAUCACCAUCGCCAGGGCAACCAACAUCAUUAAUAUUUCUACCUCAGACUGUCUGGUCUCCAUGGUGGCGAUAGACAGUGACUCGAUUCUACCCCUCAAAGAGGAGAGCGUUUGAUUUGCUGUCAGUCAGUGGUCAGUGGUGUGGCAGGAAGUAGAGAACACUACACCUGUAACCUCUCCAGUAAUGUGAACUCUGCUGCUGUUUUUUAUAGAUUCACAUAAAGAUCUGCAAACAAAAUACUGAGAGUCGCAAGUCCAAAUAAUAAGGAUGAAAUCAGGCUUUGUUCCCAAAAAUUAAGUGUGUGCUCGAGCAUACACAAACCGAAGCUGUGCUCGCUCGAGGAAUUCUGGCAUUUCACCCAUGAAUUUCAGGAGCAAGUUUUUUUUUCUUACUUUUAAAGUCUGUCUUGAUUAUUUUGCUAGUGGAUCGUUUUAAUUAUUCUUUUGCACAAGUUGCGCCACCGUACCAGCCAUUCGGAUGACUUUUAACAAAACCUCACACUACAUCAGCUGUUCCUUUGCAUCCGGAAAGCACAAAAACGCAACACAACCUAAAGCCUCGUACAGCAAUCAAAUGACCUUUUCACAGUGCAGUCGUUACCUCGUGUCUCCGCUGACUUUUAGGAUUCGAAUGUGAAUUGUAAUUUUUCCUAACCGCAGCAGCUAUUCCGCAAAAGCCUCCAUUCUAAAGACUUGACUUGUGAAAACCUACAUUCCUCACUCGUCUCUAUGCUGUGGAUUAGUGACGGCGGAGCGAUAAGCGCAAGACUGUAACGCAAAAGUAACCUCUGUUCGAUCGAGUACCUCUCUUACUAUUCAGUGAUCGUAUUACUUUUCCAUAGUUGCUAGAAUCUUUUUUCUUUGUGAAAGUGUGUGACGUGUUUUUUUUUUUUUAUUUAAAAGGAAAUGCUGGGUAGGGAUUUGUAAUGGGCAGAUGUCAGGAACACUGGAAUUGAAAGACAGCAGGACUGUUUGGUUGUCCUUCAGUAUUUGUUAUAUUUAAGCAUAAAGCCUCUGAUGAUCUGGAACAGUUUGUUCAGGCGAGUCAUCUCGGUGCUUGGUGGCCUGGGAAGAACUGGGGGAAAAGCGAUGAGCCAAAAAGCCAGUAAUAUAAAUCUCUACAUAAAAAAACACGUGAAAUGUUCUCAUUUAGUCAACGUUCUAACUUUGUUUGUCUUCACGCAAAGAUCGUGCUGUGUAAGCAGCCAGUCUAACAAACAAACAGUAAAAUCAGUCAGCCUAGGGUGUUUAUCUCACACCGAACACCAGGCUUUAUUAUGAUAAUUAUGUGCCGUUGUGAAAAAGACUUACGCCUCAUAUAUUGAGUUUCUAAUCAGACACCUGCUGUCAUCAAAACAGAGAAGAAACCACACUACAGGCAACAGUGAAGAAUGUUUAUCAGUGUUUGAAUGACUGAAUGAAAUCAGUAAAAUGCUACAAAAAUCAGUUUUCCCAGGCCACCAUUCAUAUAUUUAUAAGUUUAUGAACCCCGGCGUAGCGUCUCCGGUUUGAACGUAGUGACACGUAGAUGCCUUCAUGCUUUCGUAUUGCACCUACAUAUAAAGGGCAGGGCCUCUGAAAGUGUGUAGGUGAACGCGUGAUGUGCUUUAUAGACAGGUGCUGCCUUUCGAAUGAGCAAUAGCACUGAUGCUGCAGGAUUAAUGAGGGUGGUUGUAUUUGUGAUGUAAUGCACUACUCAGGUAAACAUGUGCUUGUAUGUGACUGGUAACUGUGAGAUAUGUGUCUUUGUGUGUGUGUGUAGUUUUUAUUUUUUUAGCAAUAGAGCUUAGCUGUAGGAACCUCUCAGUGGAGUGAUACUCAGUAGACUUGGUGCUCUGUGUUCCUACCUACCACUCCCUCAGAAACCAGGCUCAAUGGAUCACAUCUGGCUGAGAAUUAGACGUUUAGUAUUAAUAUACACAAUUCUGACCUCAUUUAGGUGUGUUUUAUUGCCUUUUGUGGUAGAAAUGUCAAUAAAUAUAUGGCUACCUUUUUAUAUGAGAGUUGAUUUCUGUAGAAAGUGGGGUUUGUGAUUCUAUUACAGCUAACGGGUCUGAUAACGGGUCUGUUUUCUGUGCACAGAGUAGCAAUUACAUUUUCUCCUUUAUUGUUGUUUUUUUUAAUUAUUAUAUAAAUGAUGGAACCUACCUCAUUUCAACCACUCUGGAAUAAUGGUUGUUUCCAAACAUUUGUACAUUUUAUCAUGUAUGUUUUUAUUGGAUUUUUGUGUGUGUGUGUUACUGUUAUAGCCUGUAUACAACAGCAGAAUCCCCAACCUCUACCUUAGUCCAUUCAAUCAGCAUGACUACCACUCAUAAAUGUAUACUGACAUCAGGGAUUUGAAGGUAAACCUAUAAAGUAUUACAGCUGCCUGAAGGUUAGAAUGUGCCAAAUAAAUGUUUUUACAUGGAUUAAAGCAGAACUAUUUUUACAUGGAAACAUACAAAACCAUACAAAUUAUAAACGUGGUCUUGACACUAGAACUAUGAAGCUAAAUGUAAAUCUGACUUAAUUGCUUGACUUCAUGUCCUUUUACACAAAGCUUUUUGUUUUCAGGGAAAUUUCGAAUUGCAAGCUUUACUCGAACACUAACCUUCACCAUAUGCUUACAUUUAGUUUUAAUACAUAAUCAAUACUUUUAUAAAUAGUUCAGCAGUCGGGAAACAUCUUAAAAGACAAAGAAUUUGACCUGCACAUCUGGGGCAUGUUUUUCCAGCAUCAAUUUUUAAUCAUACCAAGGUACCAAUAGAUCAUUAUCUUUUGAAAUAUUUUAUUUGAAACAUGGCUUGUUUUUUCCUUCUAUUUCAAGUCCUAAGGUCUAAAAUGGCAUUGUUUUUAAAUGGUAAAUAACAUGAUUUAAAAAAGAAAUCACAUAUGUUCAUCUCUGCAUGUGGGUUUUAUUCCAGUUCAAAGUUCAAAAGCAGUGUGUGUAGUUUUUCAUGAUUCUAGGUCUGUGCCUAAAGAAUUCAAACAUAAAAAGUUUCUCAGAAUCUUAAGUCUGCACACUUUGGCUCUUGUUACUUUAAUAACUGAUUCUUUUUCCCUACAACUCUCAUUCAAUGCAAAGAAAAAUUAAGAAAUGUGUUCAUCAUACGAAUUUGUGAUCGUUUUUGUACUGCAUUCUAGAAAAAUUAUAUAUCUAGAAAGUAUGUACAAACCUGUGUGUGUGUGGUGCCAAGUAGGACCAUCAGUGUUCCUGUUUUCCCAGACUGAAAGAUACCUGAUGUUAAGGGUUAUAAUUGGUUUUAAGUUGGUGCUUGUGUGAUUGUUGUAUCACUGUUCAUCAGGUUAUUUUACUUUACUGCCAAAUCCAGAAUUUCACCUCAUUAAAGUACAGCAAACAAGUUGUAUUUGAUUUACCUCA